AUGUCUGAACAGAAGAAGGUGCGCAAGCGGUCCGAGAUCAAGCGUUGGCUGAGAAGUUGGGUCUUCACGCCUCUGGGCAACGUGCGGAUCAAGUUGAUCAAUAGGGCCAAGCGGAAGCGUCGAAGUAUCUCAAACUGUAAGCUCAAAUGGAUCGUUUCUGAAGCUCUCACUGAUCGAUAUCCGUCUUGCUUUUUCCGGGACUGUAAUGAUCAGCGAUCGACCCCAGUGAGGAGGUCCCUGCUCGAGAAUGAGUUUGACCUAUCUGUGGUAGAUCUGGAUGGCCCUAUGUCCGAACAGUCGGAAAGUCCGCCACACCAGUCUUUUAGACUUGAUUUGGCUGUGGCUAAUGCCCCUCUGGUUGAUGGAAAAGAUCGUACUGUGCCUACCGCCCAGCCCACGUCUCCUCAUGAUCCCCGUGAACGCUGGCAAGGGGAGGAGCGUUCUGUGUUGAGAAUCAUGAAUCCAGAUGUGUCGGGAGCGAGUAGUGAGGAUGAGAAGCCUGGGGGGUCAGGCCUCGUCUCUGUAAUCGAGGACGAUGGGAAUAUGUACGAACUUUCCGCACUUGGGGUAUCGAGCCCUGACUUACCUGCUGAGUUAAGUGGUGAAGAAAAGCUACCUGGGCAGUCACGCUCUGUUUUAGCCCAAACUGAUGUUGGGAUGGCCAACCCUCUGGUGAUUGAAGAGCUGGCCCCUCAACUUCCAGAUUUGUAUUUCAUCUAUCAACCUGACCCACCAUUAUGUUGUCUCAUCACCUCAGCUCUUUGGGACUCCAGCUCACCAUUCAUAUUCGAGAACGGCAUCUGUUCGUGUGCACACUCCUCAGUUGGUACUCAACCAUUGAUUCAAGAGAUGCCCCCCUCGGACAUUCCACGUUCAUCCAUCAAGAGGGCCAACCCCCGGAUGAAUACCAUGGAAUUCCUCAUCCGUCAAACACAGAGAAAGCGAAACGCCAUCGUGAACAAUCAUUACAUCGCCCCGUUUGUUCCCUUGCAGCCUCGACCACUCAGAGUUCGAAAAAGCUGUGAUGUCACCCCCACCAACACGCGGACCGAUGCCAUGUCCCCCAUUCCUGCAAGGACACCCCAUGAUGGGACAGCGCCAGUACAACACCCACCAUACAGUCUGCGCCGUAAAAUAGAACACGGUCUAUUACCUCCUUUACCUCUCACAAGUCACUCAUCAAAUACCUCUUCUUCUCCUGGACCAGCAAACCGCAGCUCUCAAUCACCCCGCAUCUCAUCCGCCACUCCUGCCUCUGCAUCAGCAACACCUGGGGACAUCACACAACACCCUGAUCGACCACCAUCAAUGUGCAACAGUUGUUUAGCAGGACGACAACGUUCCCUCCACAGCCAUCCCUACCAUCGCCGUGGUGACAACAGCCUACAAUUUGGAAACCCUCCACUCCCAUACCCUUGCCCCCGAGUACGAACCGGUCUUCCGACUGGCAUUGAUGGUUUGCCAAAUUCUCUCUGGGCUGGUCCACAGUGCCGGCACUGUUCGACCCGUCGAUAUGGGAUCGUCUCUCCCCUAGUGGUGGUUGGUCCUCGGCCUCGGGCGCUGAAUCGUGUCUCCGCCUCCUUCUCAGCCACCGCAACUGACUCGCCUUGGGCUGGCCCUGUAGGCCCUAGGGGCUUCUAUGUUGUAUCUGAAGAUGACUUGCCCAUAUUGGCUGGAACGGAUCGUGUCGAUGAGAGUAUUGGUCCAUCUGGCUUAGAAAUGUGUCUUGUUGCGGGAUCCACUGCCCAAAGCCGGAGAUACCGUUGA